UUUUCGGAGCGUUCUUGAGGUGGAGAACAGUGGCCGGACCGAGAGACUGCGGAGUAGGGGACUGGCGGGCGGGCAGAGCGGCGCCUCCGAGGCCGGGCUAGGCCUAGCCCGGGAGUGCCCGGGAUGUAGCGGCCCACCCUGCCCAUGCCACAGCGCCCGGCCGCGGGUGGAGCCGGAGCCGGAGCCUGGGGAGGCGGCAGGGGCCCGGAGCGCAGCCCGCGGCCCCCGCGCGGAGCCAGGUCCGCCGCCGUCCCUGCCGCCCGGGCCCCCGGCAUGCAGCCCCGGCUGCGAAGGUGACACUUCUGGGCCCGAGACGCUGUCGUCGCCACCAUGGAUGAGCAGGAGGCAUUGGACUCGAUCAUGAAGGAUCUGGUGGCUCUCCAGAUGAGUCGACGUCCCCGGGUGUCUGGAUAUGAGACCAUGAAGAACAAGGACACGAGUCACCCAAAUAAGCAGAAAAAACACAGCAGCAGCAGCUCAGCCCUUCUGAACAGCCCCACAAUAACAACAAGCUCAUGUGCAGGGGCCAGUGAAAAAAAGAAAUUUUUGAGUGACGUCAGAAUCAAGUUUGAGCACAAUGGGGAGAGACGAAUUAUAGCAUUCAGCCGGCCUGUGAGAUAUGAAGAUGUGGAGCACAAGGUGGCAACAGUAUUUGGGCAACCUCUUGAUCUACAUUACAUGAACAAUGAGCUCUCCAUCCUGCUGAAAAACCAAGAUGAUCUCGAUAAAGCAAUUGACAUUUUGGAUAGAAGCUCAAGCAUGAAAAGCCUUAGGAUAUUGCUGCUGUCCCAGGACAGAAACCAUACCAGUUCCUCUCCCCACUCUGGGGUGUCCAGGCAAGUGCGGAUCAAGGCUUCCCAGUCCGCGGGGGAUAUAAAUACCAUCUACCAGGCCCCCGAGCCUAGAAGCAGGCACCUCUCUGUCAGUUCCCAGAACCCUGGCCGAAGCUCGCCUCCCCCUGGCUAUGUGCCUGAGCGGCAGCAGCACAUUGCCCGGCAGGGAUCCUACACCAGCAUCAACAGUGAGGGGGAAUUCAUCCCAGAGACCAGCGAGCAGUGCAUGCUGGAUCCCCUGAGCAGUGCUGAAAAUUCCUUGUCGGGAAGCUGCCAGUCCUUGGACAGGUCAGCAGACAGUCCAUCCUUCCGGAAAUCACGAAUGUCCCGAGCCCAGAGCUUCCCAGACAAUAGACAGGAAUACUCAGAUCGAGAAACCCAGCUCUAUGACAAAGGGGUGAAAGGUGGAACCUAUCCCCGGCGCUACCACGUGUCUGUGCACCAUAAGGACUACAAUGAUGGCAGAAGAACAUUCCCCCGAAUACGACGUCAUCAAGGCAACCUGUUCACUCUGGUUCCCUCUAGCCGCUCCCUAAGCACAAAUGGCGAGAACAUGGGUCUGGCUGUUCAAUACCUGGACCCCCGUGGGCGCCUGCGGAGUGCAGACAGCGAGAACACUCUUUCUGUUCAGGAGAGGAGUGUGCCAACCAAGUCUCCUAGUGCCCCCAUCAAUUGGCGCCGGGGGAAACUCCUGGGCCAGGGUGCCUUCGGCAGGGUCUAUUUGUGCUAUGAUGUGGACACAGGACGUGAACUUGCUUCCAAGCAGGUCCAGUUUGACCCAGACAGUCCUGAGACAAGCAAGGAGGUGAGUGCUCUGGAGUGUGAGAUCCAGCUGCUGAAGAACCUGCAACACGAGCGCAUAGUGCAGUACUACGGCUGCCUGAGGGACCGUGCCGAGAAGACUCUGACCAUCUUCAUGGAGUACAUGCCAGGGGGCUCAGUGAAAGACCAGUUGAAGGCCUACGGAGCUCUGACGGAGAGUGUGACCCGCAAGUACACGCGGCAGAUCCUGGAGGGGAUGUCUUACCUGCACAGCAACAUGAUUGUUCACCGGGACAUCAAGGGAGCCAACAUCCUCCGAGACUCUGCUGGGAAUGUGAAGCUAGGGGACUUUGGAGCCAGCAAACGCCUGCAGACCAUCUGCAUGUCAGGAACAGGCAUGCGCUCAGUCACCGGCACACCCUACUGGAUGAGCCCCGAGGUGAUCAGCGGCGAGGGCUAUGGAAGGAAGGCAGAUGUGUGGAGCCUGGGCUGCACUGUGGUGGAGAUGCUGACAGAGAAACCGCCAUGGGCAGAGUAUGAAGCAAUGGCCGCCAUUUUCAAGAUUGCCACCCAGCCCACCAACCCUCAGCUGCCUUCCCACAUCUCUGAACAUGGCCGGGACUUCCUGAGACGCAUUUUUGUGGAGGCUCAUCAGAGACCUUCAGCUGAGGAGCUGCUCACACACCACUUUGCACAGCUCGUGUACUGAGCUCUCAAGGCCGUGCUGCUGCUGGCCACCCUGCUGCAUGGGCAAGGGGCUGCUGCAGGGCUCGACAAAGUUGCUGCUUCUCCCAGGCAAGGGUGUGGACCAUGGAGCUGCAGUCCAGCCAGCAUUUGUCUGUGCUCUUUCUGCCCCUGGAGCUCAGAGCCAGAUGGGAUACCUGCAACCUCAAGGACUGGGAGACCCCAGCCUGCCAGACCGAAGAGCUCCAGCAUCCUAAGUUCAGUGUGGGGAGGAAGGGCUGGAACAGUGUGCGCUGCGGCUGUGGGCCCCACCCUUGGGAUGUCCUGACACUGCAGUCCAUGCUGAGGCCCAGAGCGCCUGGGGCCCAGGACUGACACAAGGGUUUGAAUAGUGUUAUUUUCAUUCAGAGUGUUAUUGUUUCUCCUCCCAGUGUCUGGAGACCACCAGAGUGUCUGUGGACUAGAGCCCACCCAAGCCUAAGGUAAAGCCCGGCAUCCCUCAACCAGUGGAAGGCAGAGGCCUGGGCCACCCUCUUCUAUAGAGCCCCAGGUCAGCUUUGCCAGUCCUUGUUCUUUACCAAAGAUGAAGCAAAUGUUAUGCUGCCUUAUUCAGGGAAGGAGGAGCCUGUCCUGCCUGCCCCCAUGACCCUGCACCCUCAAGCAGGUGCCUGAGAUGUGGAACUGCCCCCACUGAGUGGGGAGACCCAGCUUUGUCAAUGCAGUUGUCUCUGUUUUACAAGUUGGAGUCACUCUUAUGCUGUACCCAGUUUCUAAACUGGAGACUUGUGUGCCCGCUGGGCUCUGAAUAUCCGUGUGGGCUUGGGCCUUGGGUUUCAUUGGAAAGAGCUAUUGCGGUAGCUGGUGUGCUCCUGGCCUAAUAUCCAUUCCCCUGCUGGAGCAGAGAAGGUAGACAACUCAAGGGUAUCUGGAUAGCUGGGUGCCCUGAGCCUGACUGGGCCAUUCAGGAGAGCCCCGGCAGUUGUCUUAGACUGUGAGUCAUGACCCUGCCAGGCCAGAGCCCAUAAGCUGCCACCAACUGUGUCCAAAACCACCAGCUCUCUUCUUCCUUAGCCCACCUUGCCCAUUCCAGUGAGGUCUCAGCCUCUUUCCCGUCUUGCUCCUCCUAUGUGGGAGGAAUGGCAACAGUGGUUGUGGAAACAGUAUCUCCAAGCAGCUUAGAGUUGGCCAUAUUUACCUCAGCCUGGGUGCUGGUCCUUUCUUCCGGCCCCUCCCCUCCAAAAUGUGCCUAUCGCUUGAGCUCCUCCCUUCCCAAUGCCCAAUUUUCCUUGGGAGUUGUCAUUAAAGGGGGUAAAAAGCCAGUGCCCAGGGGUGGGCAUCUCCAGGGAGCUGGGGAUUAGUGCCAGGCAGCUCAUUGCCAGCCAUGCCCACUUCCCCACGGGCACAGAAUAAGCCAAAGCCUUCGUUGUAUGUUGACGAUGCACUUUUAUGAAUGUAGUUUCUAUCGCUGUUUUUAGCCUUUUCACAUCAUGUAAUGUGAGGCCUUGUACUUGUUAAUUUAUAUCUCAGAUCAUAUUGGAUGGUUUUUAUAUAUAUCAAUUAUAGACUGUUACAGGUGAUGGACGCCUCAAGAGAGAAGAGAAAAUGAAAGCAGCUGGUUUUGCAGAAAUGUGUGCUGCAUGGUGGCAAUCAGGCCUGGGUCCCUUUAUUCCAUCCCUUUUCUGCAGGGGCUUCUGUCAGGCCACCUUCCACUGGCAACUGCCCUCUAAGGCCAGUGAACACAAGCUCCUGUCUCCACCCUGGCCCUUGCCCAGGGUGGGGACCGGCCAGCCCAUCAUCUCAACCAAAGCUGCCAAGCAGCAGCUCAGCCUCUCUAUGACCCCAUCCUAAUCGCUGUAGCACUCCCUGGCCCAUACCGUCCCUAGUGCCCCCCCCAUCUCCCAUGUGGGAACAGCGUGGUGUCACUGACAAGAUGAGAGGACUGUCCCAGGUUCAGGCUCUCACAGAGCCCCACCCCCAGGGUCUUACCUCACAGGGAAUGUUUUAAAAAUAAAUUUAAAAACAAGCCAACAAUUCCUGAACUCCAAUAAAACCAAAAAUGACCCUGAUUUUGUGCCAAAAACUGUGGACAUGCUGGCUCAGCAUCCUCAGGACCAAGCUGUCACUUUUAAUUUAUUGUUUUUUUACUAACUAAUCCAGAUAAAAAGUUGUGGGGCCCUAGGAUGGCCUGGGCCCAAAGGUUCUUAAAAGGCAGUUUGCUAGCUGUCCCAGGCUUGAUGUAGGAAGGGGUUACGCCACCAUCUUCUCAUCCUCCCAUGGGGUGUGUCUGCCCUGGCCAACCCCACCCCGGAAGGGCCAGGGCUUGGUCAGUGCACACGCUGCCACCCUCCUGCCCCUCAAGCUCUGUGUCUGUAUCUGAAUUGUGGAUUGUGCAGAAGAACCUGCAGCCAUAGUUAUUUGACUAUAUCUUGACUGAGGGCUUGCAGUGCAAAGCCAGGCCAGUGUCACGCAUUACUUUCAAUAAAAGGGAUCAUUUAUAC